CAGCUGUGCAGUUAUUGCACAACCACACCCAGACUAUAGAAUUCCCGACAUUAUGGUACAUAAAACGGAAAAUCCUGCCCACAAGCCGCGGGGAAGCCGCCCCGAUCAGUGCGUCGGCGUCGUUUCUUUACGCCGGGACGCCAGCUAUCAAACGCUAUCACUCCAGAUCGUCUGGCGACCCAAGUCAGUCGGUUUCUGCAUUCAAGCGAAGUAGCACCUGUCAACACCCACUGCGAGCUUGCUGCUGGGAAGUGCUGCCUUAAUGUAAACCCCCUGUACGUAUACUGAAUGUAUCCUGAGUGUUUUCUGUCCGGUAUACCUUCAGUAUACGUAACAGGAGGCCACAUUUCUACCAGAAGAUCAUCAUCAGCACCAUUCGGAUCACCUAUAGAAAGCCUAUUUAGCAUAAUACAUACAAAUUAUAAGACGUGUAACGUAACUCGUUGUAAAAUCAUAAAUUUCCUAGAGACUUUUUCAUUGCUCUCGCAUAAAAUUAUUAUAGGUUAUGUGACUUUAAUUAUAACGGGU